AUGGCCGUCGUCCACGCCGGCGUCUUAAGCAACAUCGUGCAGUACGUUAGCUCGAGCCACGACGUGCUCUCGCUGCUCGACGCGCUGCCGCGGGAUGCGCUCGACACGCCACUACGCACGCUCCAGACGCUCGUGUCGCCCCCCGUGGCCGCGCCAUGGCCACACCUCUGCGUGGAUGAUUUGGAUUGUCAACACACGUUGACGCUGCUCGCAGCGCUAUCGACCUUUUGCUCGGUGUCCAUUGAGAAUCUUUACAAGCUAACCGAAGUGCUUCGGGACGCGAGUAGCGAGCCCGAGAGCGACGCUCUGUGCGCCGCAACCAUCGAUUUUGCCAGGAAAUGGGGCCACAAGGUCACGCACAUUGCUGCGUGGUGGUGGCCGGAAGAAUAUACGGCCGAUACGAUCGCGACCAUUAUUCGACAUUGCACGGGCCUGAACUCGAUCACCCACGCCAAGCGCAUUGUCUAUGCCUCGUCGAUUCUCCAAGACGUGUACGACUGCGGCGACUGGCGACAUGUCUUUGGCGAUUGGCUCGCAUCGGCGCAUGCGACCGAGCUCCGUCUUGACAACAUCAUGUGCGAGGACAGCGUUGGCUUUGCACGAGCGAUCGCUGCCGCGACGUCACUCACGAGCCUCAAGCUUACCAACGCACCUGUCUUGCUACAAGGGCUCGUCGAGGCUGGUGUCGUGCUCCAGUACAUUACACAGCUCCGUCUCGUCGUCGACCAUAGCGACAGCAUUUUUGCCGACGCGCUAGUCUCCAAUGGGGUCAAUCUCCCGGCUCUUCGCGUUCUCAAGCUCCGAUCCGAAGACGACGCCGACAUGACGUUCGUUCUGCGGCUAUUGCCGUAUCUCGUCGCGCUGGAAAGGCGCCGGCGCCGCGGUACAUGCGACGAAGACGAUGACGUGUGUCUGGAUCUCUUUGCGUGGGCCGAGCGCUCGCCGUGUCUCGAGGUUGUCAACGUCGACGCCAUCGACGUGGUGUGGCGCAAGCCCGUGCUCUUUGGCCGCCAACUGCGUCGAUGGAUCCAAAGCGGCGUCGAUCGCGUGUCCCUGGAAGACUGCGACGUGGACGACAUGAGCAUCACUGCCAUUGCCGGUAGCCUCUGUGACGCGCGUCGGUCGCGGCCGUUUGUGCUCUACUUCCGUGGCAAACCGCUGCGCCUCAGGUGGUACUACAUGCUUAUUGAGGCACUGGCAACCAGCACUGGUGUCAGCAUUGAAGGCAACGAUUUCAGUCACGCCGACGACCGCCAUGAUAUGGAAAAUUGGGCGACACGAUUCGACUUGCGACUUCAUCGCGGUGGGCACAAUCGAUUUACUAUCCAUAGUCCCGUAUAA